AUAACUAAGCACGUAUAACGGCAGCAGCCGUAAUCAUUGCCGCAGCCAUUCCUGUUUGGUUAGUGCUUGGUAAUAUCGUGAAACGCGCAGUAGUGUAGUUCAUCGCUUUAUAGUUCUUUAUUCAAUAUGGCCGACAUACCGCGAUACGACCAACGAUAGUGCACUAAACCUUCGCGAUUAUUGAGUGUGUGCUUAAAUUCAUGUACUGGAGUAUCUUACCAAAAUAGUGUAAAAGACAAAUGUACUUUCAGAGAUUUUAACGGUCGUCUACAUUCCGUGUGAACUGAUUACGUGUGUACCCGUUAUGGUGUGCUCGAAGAAUUGCAGCUCGAUACGGGAAUAUUGUAAGGCAAUGCGAUGAGGAACACUGUUGUCACAGCGACUACGGUUAAAUGGAUACCGGCAAUUAUCAUCUUUUCUGUAGUGGUCUUCUCUAAGACAUGUCUCUGUGAUUUAUCCAGUGGUAGUCCACCAAUAAUAUGGGUUGACCGUAAUUGGGUGGUGGACUCAACAGCUCCUAUAGGAACCGUUGUGGCCCGUGUACGUGUUUCAGACAGUGGUAGUGAAACUUUACAAUUUGGCUUAGAACAUUCAACGGGAUUCAACAUCAUCCAAGAAAAUGAAGAACCGUUGCCAUUUGUCAUUGACAACAAUGGGAAAGUGACCACCAAUACUUCUUUGACCAAUAAGGAAGGAAAAAAUAUUUAUUUAUUUGUGACGGUAAAUAACGGAGCUUUAACAUCAAAAACACAAGUGUGGGCUAAAAUUGAAGGACCAGGAAGUGGUGGGAAAAAAAAUAAUAAUCAACCAACCAACUUUUUGUCAUCACAGUUUCGACCGCCUCCUCCAAUAAAUGGAGGUUUUCCAGUAAAUAUACCCUCACAAAAUAAACCUCCUCCUCCAAGUCCUUCUAGAACGACUCCGCCUAGGUUAACGGCAAUUACAUCGUCAACUACUAAAGUUCCUACGACACAGAAGACGUCUGUUGCCACACAAACUUCUGUAUCAACCCAAACAUCUAUUUCUGAUGAAACGACUCCGACUUUGGUUAUAACAACUACACCUAGUAUUUCAUCAAUUGACCAACAAUCAAAGGAUACAUUAAAAAAGUUAACUGAUGCAGUUCUCACUCCACCAACUGUUACUACUCAAGAGCCAGUUCAAAGCAAUUUUAUUCUUGCGCUUGUUCCAAUAGUUGUUGCAACUAUUUUCUUAACAGCUGCUGGUGUAGUAGCCUGUAUGUUUCGUAAAAGACUGUUCACGACCAAAGUCAAAACUAAAAAAGCAAAUUCCAUCGCUAAAAUAAAUAGUUCAAGAUCAGAUGAUCCUAUGGUUUUGCACCACUGGAGUGGGCCUAGGGCUUUCACUAGGUAUGAAAGCUGGGGUUCUGAUCCAGGUCACGGUCAAUACAACAAAGACACGGGGCUCAAAGAUGGUGUCUCUGACGAUCCAUGGGAAAUUCCAAGACAUCAUAUAAAAGUGUGCUCAAUACUGGGAGAAGGUAGUUUCGGUCAAGUAUGGAAGUGCGAAGCAUACAACAUUAAUGGAUGCAAAAGUAACACUAUUGUAGCUGUCAAAACACUUAAAGAUAAUGCAGGUGAACGUGAAAGGCUCGAUCUAGUACAAGAACUUCAAGUUAUGAAAUCAUUAGAACCUCAUCCUCAUGUUGUAAAACUUUUAGGGUGCUGUUCUGAAAGAGAACCAUUGUUCGUUAUUAUGGAAUAUGCAAAACUUGGUAAACUCCAAAGCGUGCUGAGAAAUUCCCGUGGCGUUACUUAUUACACAAACACACAUGGAUCGAGUAUAUUAACAUCACACGAACUCAUCAUGUUCUGUUAUCAGAUCGCUAAAGGAAUGGAUUUCUUGUCUUCAAAAGGGAUUAUACACCGAGAUUUAGCAGCAAGGAACAUUUUAGUUACUGAAGAUAGAACAUGUAAAAUAUCAGACUUUGGUUUUGCUAGAGACGUUGCAUCGAGUCGAGUAUACGAACGUAAGUCGGAGGGCCGAUUACCUAUCAGAUGGAUGGCACCCGAGUCGCUUUUUGACAACAUGUAUUCAGCUAAGUCAGAUGUUUGGUCUUUCGGAGUGCUCAUGUGGGAGAUUGUGACACUAGGAUCAACACCAUAUCCAGGUAUGGCUGCUGCUGACGUUAUGAAGCGUAUCAGGGAUGGUUACCGGUUAGAAAAACCACAACACUGUCGACGUGAAGUAUACAACAUAAUGUUCUAUUGCUGGGACAAGUGUGCAGACGAGAGGCCAGAUUUCCACGAGUUACUUGAUCUACUCGAUAAACUCUUGAUCACUGAAACAGACUACAUUCAACUGGACAGGUUUCCGGAUAACGCGUACUACAAUAUCACGACGUGUAUAAGUGGCGAACGACUGUAAAAAAAUUAUAUUUAUUAUGAUUGACAACGAUAUACUUUUAAUAACAACAAUUGUACAGCAAGUAUUUAACAAGAAAAAAAUACUCUAUAAUAGUUGUUUUUGCAUUAAAACAGUUAUAUAUAUGUACUACCUAGCUAUACUGUGUAUUUUUUUAUGCCAAAAUGUUUUGUAUUUAUGUCAAUAAUUUGUAAAUAUUGAAAUGUAUUAAACAUAAAUCAAAUGUACAAAAUUUUAUAUAUUAAACCUACACAAUUGUAGCUACAUAGAUUUAUAAAACUAUCAUUAUGAUUAAUUUAUUAUUUAUGCUUGGUACCUUUUAUAUAUUUUUAAAAAACAAUGUAUAGCUCAUAUUUUAUUUGUAAUUAAAUAGUAAGUCACUAGUCUUUUUUGAUCAUUUGUAAUGAUCGUGUGCCUUUUUAUUUAUGCUAAGUUUUUUAACUAUGAUUUCAUUUAUUGUAAUAAAUUGUUAGAAUUAUUGUACUAUAUAAUUGUAUUAUAUAUAUAUUAUUAGAUAAUAUAAAACGGUUUAAUACCAAAUACAUACAUGUA